GCAAAUAUAUUGAGCUCCAGCCAUGAUCAUGCUGGGCCACGGUAUGUGCCUUCCUUCACAGGCCACGGUCCAAAACAUUUUCCUUGCGGCUCGGGACGCCAACGCCAUCCCUGACAUCUCGCUAGACCCGGGCCUCGCCACCUUCCUGUCUCUGGAUUCGGCGGCGGCGCUGCAACACCAGUACGCUUCUCUGCAGAGAGGCCUGAGCGAGACGCAGAGGGCGACAUUCGGCGUCCGCCUCCAACGAGAGCUCGGUGGCCCAAGGGUAACGCACGGGGGCGUGGGGGUCGUAGCUCUGGCUUUGUCUAUGAUGUUGGACCACGUUGCCCAACAGGUUAGAGGAAACAGUUCAGCACAGGCAGGUCAGUCACCUGUGAUGAAUCCAUCCAGGAAGCUUUUCGGAAUCGCAGUUUCGUCAAGAAUCGGUGGGAUUGCACAGAAUUACCUGCGUCUGAUUCCGGGCCUCGCCAAUGACCCGGACACGAUGGCCGAGACCACUGAGAUCUAUGACAACUGGCUCAAACUAGAGUUGCUGGACCAUUACCACAGGAUGACCAAUAAGAAGAGGAUGAGUUCAGUAUCCAUGCAGCAGUGGUUGACUGGAGCAGCGCUUCAUCUCCAUAUGAGGAUACACCAGGUUCGUCUUCAUUCUGUGCCAUUUGGUUCGGCGGCGUCCCUUCGCUUGUCUUACAAGACGGCAUUCAACCGUCUGGUGCAGGGUUACACUGUCUACCUUCACAGGAACCUUCGGGAAACCGCACCAUCAGCACCCGCUCAUCGCACAUCCCAGUCAAGCAGUCCAACCAACAGGACCUUAUCCGGCCAGAUGUCCUCGAACACGGACCGAGCAGACACGUUCAAUGAGACGACCCACGGCAAUGUUUCCGGAACGGAUGAAUCUGCUUGGCAAGAGGGGCUUCUGUUCAUCGAGCCGGGGAGAAACGUGACCCACGGCGUGCGCCAUCACCCCUGCGAGUCUCCGGCUAUCCAGCAAGCUCUGGUUACGCGGAUUAUAAAUGCGCAGGACUUGGAGGACAGCAGAGGCUUUUUCUUGUUCCCCAAAAAAGUCUUCCAGCGACUGCUCACACAGGACAAUACUUUUGAGCUUGACACAAACUACACAGGUAGAGAUCGACUAUGAGAGGAGACCCCAGUUCUUUUUUUAUUUCUUUGCAAUGUUUCUAAAAGAUAGGCCAUAGCCAGAUAAUAGUGUCAGAGGCCUCUAGUCUCAGAAAAGUAGGAUUAAAAACACAACAACAAUAAAACCAGUCCUUAAUGGUUGCCAAAGGAAAAAAAAAAGAGAUAGUUUUCAAAAUUAAAAUAAUAAAUAGAUUUAAAACACAUAGUAAGAAAUUGCUACAGUAAGUAUAAGAACUAGUUUUAGGCACACAAAAAAAUCACUCAAUUUUUUUGUAUACCUAAUAUUUGCAUUUAGGAAUAAAACUUUACAGUGCUACUGUAUUAAUACAGUGUGUGUUAAAUUCCCCAUUUAUGUCCAUAUUUGAUGAUUAUCAUUUUUAAUCUAUUUCUUAUUCUAUUUAUCUAUAUCUAUCUAUUCAUAUAUUUAUAUCUGCUUUGACACCAGAAUUUCCCCUUUGGGCAUCAUUACAUCAUAUCUUGUAUCCUCUAUUUGUGUUAAUAUGAGAUGUCUCGCAAUUCAAGCAACACUCAGUAACUUUUCAGUUUUGGUCGAUUUUGGCGAUGCCAGUGGACAAAAGCGGUAGUGUUUUGCCUUAAGGAAGACUGAGUUUCCCAUGAUGACCAGCGCUGCGUUUCCUAUGAGGACCAGCGCACACCCGCAGUGUCAUAAAAUAUUCAAUCAAUCAAAGGAAGGAUGAAUAGUAAUAAGGUAAUGAAUCCAGUUAUAGCUAAACAACAGCAUAAGACGAUUAGUAACAUGUGAGUAACACCCAAACUCAUCAGUGCUGACGAGUUCGGUUGGUUGGGGUCGUCACGCCAGCGAGUGAAAGCCAGGCCAAUGUUUAUUGUGUAGUCCGUGGUAGCCUUCCUUGUUUUUCCUUCUCAGACAAAACAUUUUGGCUCUUGUUGCUCCGCCAUCUUUGCAGAAUUUGCGCAAAAGCAUGUGCAUGGACUACCAACUUUAUAAUGAAUGGGGAAAGAGGUAAGUGACGUAUGCCGUAAAACAGUGGUCCCCAACCUUUUUUGCACCGCGGACCGGUGUAAUGUGGGCUUUUAUUUCGCGGACCGGUAAUGUGUGGCAGAAAAUGACAGUAAAUAUAAAAUAACACGACUUGGCUGAAAAUGAAUAUUAAGUGCAGGGAAAAUGUCACUUACCAUGUGCUGAAUCAACCUUUUUUUUUUUUUUUUUUUUUUUUUUUUUUUUUAACAGCGGUCUCUCCUAAAA